UCCGCACCCUACGUCAAUAAUGUAUGUCAAAAUACUUAAAAAUUGGUUUAGCUUAAAUAUUUGCAUAUAAAAUCAAUAUGUAUUUUAAGUAUCGUUUAGCUAUUUUAAACAUGUACUUAUAACCAUUUGUGUAUAUUUCCAACUAUUUUGAACAACUUAAAAAAAAAUAUCUUAUAUUUUUGUAUAUUCUUUUAGAUAUUAAAUUUAAAAAUUAAUAUAUUUAAGUAUAUAAAUCUGGUUCAUAUAUAUUUGGAUACCCGGAAUAUUUUGGUUUGGAUCAGGUAUAGUUCCGUUUUUCUAGAUACCAAAAUUUUGAACUCAUUCGGAUACCUAACCACUUUUGGUUAAAGUUCAGUACUAUUUUUUGGAUCAGUUUUGUUUUUUUUUUUAAUUUGGAUUUUUUUCUCAACCCUAUAUUUUUAUUGUGAUAAAAUUUAAAACAAAAAUGUUGAUGGUUCAUAUUGAUUUUGGGUAUGCAAUAAUUUUUUUAACCAAAACACAUUUUACAAUGUACGUACCCAUUUAGUUAAUCAUUAAAAACCUUUUUAGGUUUAUUUAAGGAAAACAAUGGAGUGAACUUUAUAAAGUCACCAUUUCAGAUUGUCAAUCGACAAUUCUAAAUAUUCUAUGUUGGUGUUGUGACGGUGAUAUCUAUUAAUGUGAUCGAUACAAGUAAGAUUUAUUUAUAAGCUAUUGUUAUCAAAUUUUUAUUAUUCAUAAUCAUUAAUUGUCAUAUAUAUGUUAAUCAUAUUAGGUAACACCGUAGCUUUUACAGUUUUACUUAAGGAAAAAAUACACACUUCUUAUAUUUUGGGUUAAUAUAAUGUUUCUUAACAAUUGAAUUUUAGACCUACAAAUUAUUCAAUUGAUUCUUAUGUUGCCAUGUAAACCAAAGUGACAUUCUAAUUAAGUAACACAUCAUCAAGUUUUUUUUGUAAUUAGUUCAAAAUAUAAGUUACAACUAUUUAAAUGAUUCUCAAUUAAUAUAUAAGAGAUUCUCUAUCUAAACAAUUAUUUUCUACAAAUUAAAAACUCUGCUUCGAUAAAUAUGGUUUUACGGCUAAUGUUUUUUUACAGUUGCUUACAAAAAAAAAAUAUUGAUUAGAAAUUUAAACCAAAUUUAGAGCUGUAGAUAGCUCAUAGUAUUAGAAUAAUGGGUUAACUUUGGUAUAGGUUAUCUCGUUAUGGUUAACUCAAAUCUAUAUAUAGACAUAUACAUUAUAAUCCGUGUUUUUAAAACCAGACCGGAAACUGAAUCGAAUGAUUUUUGGAUCACGGUUCAAUAUGGUUCGACCAGGUCAAACAAGGUUCAAUAAUCUAGAUUAAUAUAUUUUUAGUGUAUAAUUUUAAAAAUAAUGUUAAUAAAUAUGAUACAUAACUAUAAUAUUAAUGAAUUAAAAACAUCAUGACUAUAAACUAGUUUUAUGUAUAUAUCGUGGUUUACAGAUUUUUGAUAGUUUUAACGGUUUUUAGUUUAAUAACUCUGAGAUUCAAUAUGACUACAUGACCGGUUCAUAGUCAAACCAGUUAUUAGACCUAAUUCGGCUAUGUAACUGAUUCAUGGGCGAACCCGGUUAAACCAUUAAAUUGUUUCGGUUUUAAAAACACUGAUUAUAACUGGAAGAUGAACUAGAUUUUGACUCGUACAUACACACUAGAUUCUAACUCGCACAUUUGCGUACGGAAAAACAAAGAAAUAUUUUUGAUAGAAUAAUAACUUUUUUGUUACUACCUUGUGAUCUCAGGUGAGUAUCACAUUACUUGAUUUAAAUAAAACAAAAAAAAAAUUGAGUUUGGGAUAUAUUUAGAGUCAUUUGUUUCAACGAUUCUUCCUACUGAUAGAAAACUACAACACAGCCAUGGGGGAAAUGAAUAGCAUCGAAAAUGUGAAUAAAACUUAAAAACAUUGAGAAAUACUGAAAAGUGACGAAAUUGCUUAACUUAUAGCAAUUUCUCGAUCCAAAAUCCCAUUUUGGUUUUUAGUAAGUUUAAUUUGUGUCUAAAUACACAAAUUAUAUUAUAUAUAUGUAUAUUAAGUGAUUUAGUUGUUUUGACAGAAAAAAAUGAUUAUUUGGUUGAAAAAUUCAUUUCAGCAGUUUUGACAAAAAAAUCCGGUUCAACGGUUUUAGUUGGAAAACCUGAUUUUGUGGUUUGGCGAAAUUUUUUAUUUUACUUUACAGUUUUAGGGAAAAAUCCUUUUGGUAAAAAUGAGAUUUUUGGUUAAUGAUAAUUUUGUUAUUUAGAUAAAUAUUUGUUAGAUUUCAGUUUUGGGUUUAAUCACCAUAGUUAAGAUUAAGAAGUUGGGAAGAGAGAAAAUGCGGUAACAAAAGGCAAAAAUGUAUUAAUGGUAUGAAAUGUUUUAAAGUGUAAAUAAUAAGUGUAAAUAAAAAGUGUAAAUAAUAAGGAUAAAAUGACCUAAAAUGAAAUAUCAAUUCGAUAACAGUCUCCAGCUACCGAACGUGAUUUUUGCCUGUAAUCACGUACAUCCAUAAAGCAGUGUAUAUGAACAGUUAGAAUAAGUCAAGGAAUAUCGAGCCCUGUGUCACCCAAAUCCUCUUUAGUCUUUACAUUGGCAUCUAAAAAUAACUUUUAACUUGAUAAAAAAAAAGAAUAAAUAAAUAAAUAAAAUUUUAACAAUUCGUAUUACAAUUUUUUUUUUUUAAAAGGCAAAGCUGACAAAAAAAAACAAUGAAUAUUUUAGUGGUUAGAAAGAAAGUAAUAUACCACUAGUGCAUGUAAAAAUAUCCUACGUGUCAAACCACUCCAUACGAAUAUCAUGAUAUUUUAUUAUAUUUACUGAAUCAUACGUUAUUUGUUUUUUUUUUAACUCUUCAUGAGACUAUAAAUUACAAAGGCAAGCAUCGUUUUUUUUAAUCCAUUUUCCCUAGAGAAAAAGGUUCUCUCAACAACAAAGAAAACCUAAAAGAGAAAAAGGAGAUCGGGAAAAUGUCUGUGACAUCUACGGUGGAGGAGAACCACCGGAAAGAUCCUUCACCGCCGGAGAAAGCGGCGGAGAAGAGGAAACGUAAAUGGGUGUUUUGGGAGAGAAAGUGGAGGAGAUUAGAUUAUUUCAAACUUACAGCUUCAUUGUUUGUGCAUUCUAUGGCUCUUUUGGCUCCGUUUUAUUUCAGCUGGUCGGCUCUUUGGGUUACCUUUUUGUUUUAUACGAUUGGUGGUCUCGGUAUUACCGUCUCGUAUCACCGGAACUUGGCUCAUCGGAGUUUCAAAGUCCCUAAAUGGCUCGAGUAUCUCUUAGCCUAUUGUGCCCUUCUCGCUAUCCAGGGAGAUCCGAUUGAUUGGGUGAGUACUCAUCGGUAUCAUCAUCAGUUUACUGAUUCAGAACGAGAUCCACACAGCCCUAAGGAAGGUUUUUGGUUUAGUCAUCUUCUGUGGAUUUAUGAUUCUGCAUAUCUUGUUACAAAGUGUGGAAGAAGAACAAACGUUGAGGAUUUGAAGAGGCAAUGGUUCUAUAGGUUUCUUCAAAAAACGGUGCUGUUUCACAUUCUAGGACUUGGUAUCAUUCUCUUCUAUCUUGGUGGCAUGUCCUUCGUUACUUGGGGAAUGGGGGUAGGAGCAGCACUGGAGGUGCACGUUACUUGUCUCAUAAACUCGCUUUGCCAUAUCUGGGGUACUCGAACUUGGAAGACCAAUGAUACUUCUCGUAAUGUUUGGUGGUUAUCGGUGUUUUCAUUUGGAGAGAGUUGGCACAACAAUCACCACGCGUUCGAGUCGUCGGCGAGACAGGGGCUUGAGUGGUGGCAAAUCGACAUUUCUUGGUACAUUGUCAGGUUUCUUGAGAUUAUCGGUUUAGCAUAUGACGUGAAACUGCCAACGGAAUCACAACGUCGUCGUAUGGCUAUUGCUCAUUGAACUGCGUGAAGAUCGCACAAACAGGGAUCUAGUCUAUGUAACUAGAAUAACUUAUAUCCUAAAAGAGUACUUUAUUUUUUCUUUCAUUUGAAGUUUCGGUUAACGCAGUGAACGUUUCCGAUGUGUUGGAUAAAGUUAUUCAAGAUAUAAAAUCGUUAGUGGGGGAAUU